GAUGAAGACUCUGGAAGAACGUCUGGACACGAUGAAGACUCUGGAAAAAGAACGUCUGGACACGAUGGAGACUCUGGAAAAAGAACGUCUGGACACGAUGAAGACUCUGGAAAAAGAACGUCUGGACACGAUGAAGACUCUGGAAAAAGAACGUCUGGACACGAUGAAGACUCUGGAAAAAGAACGUCUGGACACGAUGAAGAGUCUGGAAGAACGUCUGAACACAAUGAAGACUCUGGAAAAAGAACGUCUGGACACGGUGAAGACUCUGGAAGAACGUCUGGACACGAUGAAGACUCUGGAAGAAUGUCUGGACACGAUGAAGACUGGAAAAAGAAUGUCUGGACACGAUGAAGACUCUGGAAGAAUGUCUGCACACGAUGAAGACUCUGGAAGAACGUCUGGACACGAUGAAGACUCUGGAAAAAGAAGGUCAAGACACGAAAAGACUCUGGAAGAACGUCUGGACACGACGAAGACUCUGGAAAAAGAACGUCUGGACACGAUGAAGACUCUGGAAGAACGUCUGGACACGAUGAAGACAGGAAAAAGAACGUCUGGACACGAUGAAGACUCUGGAAGAACGUCUGGACACGAUGAAGACUCUGGAAGAACUUCUGGACAAGAUGAAGACUCUGGAAGAACACCAGGACAAUCAGAUUGCACCCUUUGAGUGGUCUUGCAGAAUGGUCACACCAUUUAAAGCGGGUGUGCAUGCACCACCUUCAGCAUCUUCCUCAUCAAGCGCAUGUAAACAACAAGAUGGACACAACAGGGAGAUGUUGAGGUUGCAGUGCAGAUACCAAAAGUCCACCAAAAAAAGGUAAAAACACAAGAAAAGAAGAUGGAAAUAUUCAAAAACACAAAUGCAUCCAGCUGCCUCUUCAGCGGUGCCAUUUCUACACACCGCUAGAAAGGUAUACAAUGAAUAAACACCAUUUCCACUGUGGUGGCCUCUGCAGGGCUCCACGCCACGGUCCUCUGGGGUGGGACAGACCCAACAAAGGACACUCCAUCCUAGGCUGCCCACUAGCCCCCGGCCAAUGUCCGGUCCGCAUACAUGCUGGUCUACCCAGGACUCCCUGAAGCUCCACAUCUGUCCACGCCAGCACUUGGUCUCCUGUGCAAACAAGACCAUGGACAAAUGGCAGAUCCUAAAGUUCCCAAAAAGCAGUCCCGAUUGGGCCCCAAGCAAAAGGCAAAAAACAAGAAGAAACCUCAGGAACAGAAAAGAACUCCUGCAAGCAUCUUGGAGUGUCCACCGGCAGAGUUGCUUUUCUGCUUGGCACUCACAUCCUCUUCCUUGACUUUAUUAGUGAUCUGACAUGUUUGUUGAAUCAGAAGGAUGACGCAAGGAGGACGUGAGUGAAGGACGUCUGCAAGCUGUCUGUCCUGAUUGUCAAACACUGUUUCACCAUGUUCAUUACGCUUUCAAGUUGUUUGCUAAUUGACUUAGUUUGCUAAUUACUAUAUGACUUUUGUUUGCUAAUUACUAUAUGACUUUUGUUUGCUAAUUACUGUUGACUGUUUGCUGUUUGACUUUGUUUGCUAAUUACUACUUGACUUUGUUUGCUAAUUACUACUUGACUUUGUUUGCUAAUUAUUAUUUGACUUUGUUUGCUAAAUACUGUUUGACUUUGUUUGCUAAAUACUGUGGUUUGCUAGUUACGGUUUGACUUUUUUUGCUGAACAGUUUGACUUUGAUCACCGUUUGAAUUUGUUUGCUAAUUAUUGACUGUUUGCUAAUUAAUGUUUGACUUUGGUUUGCUAAUUACUACUUGAAUUGUUUUGCUAAUAACAAUUUGACUUUGUUAAUUACUGUUUGACUUUGUUGAUUACUGUGACUUUGUCUGCUAAUUACUGCUUGACUUUGGUUUGCUAUUUACGGCUUGACUUUGUUUGCUAAUUGACAUUGUUGAUUACUGUUUGACUUGUUUGUUAAUUACUAUUUGACUUUGUUUACUAAUUACUGUUUGACUUUGUUUGCUAAUUACUAUUUGACUUUGAUUGCUAAUUACUAUUUGACUUUGCUCGCUAAUUACUACUUGACUUUGUUUGCUAAUUACUGCUUGACUUUGGUUUGCAAAUUCCGGUUUGACUUUUUUUUGCUAAUAACGGUUUGACUUUGUUUGCUAAUUACUACUUGACUUUGUUAAUUACUGUUUGACUUUGUCUGCUAAUAACUGUUUAC